AUGGCUGGGAAGAGGCCUCUGAAGGGCGGGAGGUGCAGUGCCUCUGGGGAGGGCUGGGCAGGGGCUGCCUGGGUGGCAGGAGCCCCUCCAACCUGCUGCCCUCUGCGGCUUCCUGCCCCCUGCAGCAUCCUCGCUCUCCAGGUCCCCAAUGCCAAGAAGCUCCAGCGGAAGGAGCAGCUAUGGGAGAAGCUGGCGAAGCAGGGCGAGCUGCCCCGGGACGUGCGCAGGGCCCAGGCCCGGCUUCUCAACCCUCCUGUGGCCAAGAGCAAGCCUGGGCCCAAGGACACCAUCCAGCAGCUCUUCUAUGACCUCUGGGCCCCGGACAACCCUCUGGACAAGCCGCUGGAGGGCCAGGAUGCCUUCUUCCUGGAGCCGACCAAGAAGAAGGGAGUGAGGUGGCCACCUGGUCUCCACAUCAAGCCUUCCCCGGCACCUGCUGUGGAGGUGACACCUGCAGGAGCCUCCUACAACCUGACCUUCGAGGACCACCAGGCCCUGCUCUUGGUGGCCCAUGAAGAGGAGCUUCAGCGCAAGAAAGAGGCAGGAAAGCUGGAGCCCUUGGUGGCCCUGCCCGCCACAGAGCAGGCUGCCACCCAGGAGAGCGCAGCCUGCCCCGCCCCCUGCCCCACCCGCCUGGUCCCCUGCCCCUGCUCCCCACCCUGUCCCCUUCCCACACCCAGCCCCCUGCCCCACCCGCCCCUGUCCCCUGCCCCCUGUGGCGCGGAGACCUCACAGGCACCUGGCCGCCUGCCCUCCAUGGAGAAGGAAACGCAGCAGAGGUGGUGGGAGAAGGCCGCGCGGAGGCUGAGGGUGCAGCAGGCGUCGCUGUGGGCUGCCCGGCUCAGGCACCAGGAGUUCUUCAGGCUGUGCGGGAUCAAGGCACAGGUGGCCCAGCGGCUGGUGGAGCUCAGUUCCCUGAGGAGGGAGCGCCAGAGAUCCAGCAGGAGGCAGAGGAACCUGAGAUCACAGGAGGGGAAAUCAACUGGACCAGUGUUAAGUCUGACCCGCUGGGAAAACCAAGACUACAGCCAGAGCCCCACGCUAAGAGGGUUUAUGGGCCACUAG